GCCACCACCACCACCACCACCACCACCACCACCACCAACCCCCACAGCACAACACAGUACAGCACACAGCACGACAAGAUCCCUCCCCUCCUCAGCUAACUCAACAACCCCCACCCCCGAUCCCCAAACCACCAAGCCACCAAAGCACCAGCACCAACAAUGCCAAUCCCAACCCCACCCCUCCAACUCCACCCCGUCACCGACCCCGACCUCCCAUCCCUAACCCACCUCUUCUACGCCGGCUUCACCACCCCCACCGACCGCCAGAUGUUCCCCGACACGCCGGGCCUGCGCGCCUGGUGGGCCGCCGCCAACCGCCAGGAUCUGGAGCAGAAGGCCGGGGUCCGGUACCUGAAGGUGGUGGAUCCGGGGCUCGGCCCUGCGGGUGGCGCUGCCGCUGCCGCACCGGACGCCGACGGUCAUGCUGCAGAAAAUGACACCAGUAUUAUCGCCUACGGGAAGUGGGAUCUCGAUCCGGGCCACCGCGGCGCCCGGUUCCCGGAGUGGCAUGCGGACUCGGAUGCGGCGUUGUGUAAGCGGUUCUUUGGCGGGUGUGAGCGGGUGAGGAGGGAGGUUAUGGCGCCGAGGAGCGGGGGGUAUUAUUACCUCGAUAUGUUGGUGACGCACCCGCAGCACCGGAGACGCAGAGCGGCGACCAUGUUGGUCCGGUGGGGGUGUGAGCUGGCGGACCGCACGGGAAUGCCCGUGUAUAUCGACUCAACGCGCGCCGGGGUGCCCGUGUAUGAGCGGUUGGGGUUUGUGGUGGUGCGCGAGGAUGCGGAGGCGGAGUUGUUUAGUAUGGUGAGGGAGCCGGGGGGUACUUCCUCCGGUGUUCAUGAAGGAUGAAAGAUGGAAGAUGGAUGUCUAGACGGUUGUGGGAGUUCGGCGUUCAGGUUCGGUUCUCUUCUGGUGGGAUUGGGUCGGAUUGAGAGACUGGAUUGAUCUCCCUGGUCCAAGUCUUAUUUGAUAGACCGUUCCUGGAUGUUGAUUCGACUUAGACACUACUUAUCAGCGCAAUAUAAG